AUGUCUGCCUCGCCAUUUACGUCCGCACAUCGACUCUAUGUCAAGUCAUUGUACAAGCGCAUGCUGAAGCUCGAGCAGGACUGGGCGAUUCAGUAUACGCUGUUCAGGCCCAGGGCGUUGGCUGUUAGGGCCCAAUUUGAGGCGAACAGGAACGUUUCCGAUCCUCGAGCACUUGCUCAAAUUCUUGCAAAGGCAGAGGCCGAUCUCGAGACCAGAAGACACCCUGAUCCUUACAUCCCCGGCCUGAUGCCCGACGGCAACAAAUGGGAACGUAAUGCACCGCCCCCCAUGGAACCCAUCUUCGACCACCUCGCCCACCACGAAGAGCACGCCGACGGAGAGGCGCACGCGGCCCACUAG